GGCGGACCUCCCGGCUCAUGCUUUUCCCCCGGUCGGGCAGAGUUGGAGGUGUGCAGAGAUGGCUCCUAGUGUGGAAGGCGGAGAGGGAAGCCUCGGCCGGGGGGUCCGUAAGGGCAUCCGGGCUGUGCUGUUGGGGCCGCCCGGGGCCGGGAAGGGAACCCAGGCUCCCCGGCUAGCUGAAACAUACUGCGUUUGUCACUUGGCGACAGGGGACAUGCUGAGGGCCAUGGUAGCCUCUGGUUCAGAGCUGGGGAAGAGGCUGAAGGAGACGAUGGAUGCUGGCAAGCUGGUGAGCGAUGAGAUGGUGGUGGAGCUGAUUGAAAAAAACCUGGAAACUCCUCCCUGCAGAAAUGGCUUCCUUUUGGAUGGCUUUCCCCGCACGGUGCGGCAAGCAGAAAUGCUUGACGAGCUUGUGGAGAAAAGGAAAGAGAAUCUAGAUUCUGUCAUUGAAUUCAGCAUUGCUGACUCCCUACUCAUUCGGAGGAUCACGGGACGGUUGAUCCAUCCAGCAAGUGGCCGCUCAUACCAUGAGGAAUUCAAUCCUCCUAAAGUCCACAUGAAGGAUGAUGUGACUGAAGAGCCUCUGAUACGCCGUUCGGAUGACAAUGAAGUAGCUUUGAAAGCUCGGCUGAAGUCCUACCACACUCAGACAACCCCACUCGUUGAGUACUACACCCGACGUGGGAUCCACACAGCGGUGGAUGCUUCCCAGUCCCCUGAUGUGGUGUUUGCUAGCAUCUUGGCCGCUUUCUCGAAAGCCACAUCCAAAUGAACCCAGGCGGUGGACAGGACGGGACACCAUCAAGUGCUGCAUGUUCCAUCACCCUUAUCCCAUACCCUUGGGAAAAUGGGCAGGGAAUGUAGGAUUUUUAAAGGGGGGUUAACAGAAUCAGGAAAGCCAGGAGUAUUGGGGUGGGGGAUAUCAGAAUCAUGUCAAAGAGGAGUGUCUAUCUGAAGAAAUGAAUAUUUUUGUAGAACAGUAAAUGCACAUUAAAAUAUGAUUUGGGAAGGAAGAUCUUGGUAGCUUUGAAACACAAGUGCUGGUUGCAGAUUGUGACACCAGAUGUCUGUAGCUUGGAUUCCACAGCAGGGUUUAAAAUUUUUUUUAAGCAUCUCAGGCUCUUGUUAACUUCUCCUGAUAAUUCAGAUGAUUUAGAAGCUUGCUUCAAAUGGACUGCAACAGUUCCCAAACAUUGUACUGCAAGAAAUCAAUUAAAUGUUCCAGCAAGGCCACAGAAGUACCCAGCCACAAAGGAGGCUACCUGCUGUGUCUGUGAUUUUGCCAUUCUGGCCUUUCUUCCAUCUAGUCACACCUCAUAUCUGUGCAUGAAUAUGAUUGGCAUUCCUGGUGCUGAAAUGCACUAGAAACUGCUUAGUCAUGCCCAGAGCACUGACUGGUGGAGGAAGAUGGGUUGGACUGCUCUGCAGGGAUGUGAGUUCUUGCAUUUGCCUCCAGUUUUAAAUCCAGGAUUGGGGGAGAAACUGCUGCUUCUGUCGGAAGUUCAUGGAAAACUGAUCUGGCUGGGGCAGCUUUUCCAGCUUUCUUCUCAAUAGGAAUUCAACAGUAGGCAUCUAUUUUUUUUUCUUCUAUCUGAGGUGCUUCCUGCCUUCCUACUCCAGACUAGUAUCCCCUCCAGCACUGAAGGCCAAAGCCAAAGAGCUCUCCUUUUAAUGAUUAGCUAUGCCCUACAUCUGUUCACCUUCCAUUCUUUAGAGACCAUGUGCUGCCUUAAUAAAAUGGAUGCAAAUUUGUA